AUGGCAACCAACUCCGUUACGCCUACAAAGGUCACUUCCUUGGGCUCCCAGUACUCCGUCUCUGCCUCGGACGAUGUGACUGUCCCAAACCCAACACCUCGUACGGAGGCGCUUGACGACGAGGUAGUGGAUCCGCCACCUGAGAUUGACUUCGUCGCCAUGAGCAAGACCCUGGCUACUAUCGCAGAGACUCUGAACGAAUCUGCUGAUGAGGCUAUGUUUCCUACUCCGCCCAUCAACACUCCAGUGAUCACCUCGCCGGCCACCUCUGUUGUCCACCGACACUCCUUCGCUCGCAGUCGUGGAAUGAGCACCAUUGGCGAUAGGCUCGCCCGGGUCGUGGCCGAGGACCGUAAACUUGCUCACCGCGACUCGGAAACCAUUUCUGGCAGCAGCCGCUCGAUUCGCUCUUCUGUUCCUGCGACUGACGAAAGUGAUGGCGGGUUCAGUGUUCUGCUCGGCGGUGGAGGGAAGGAAAAGCAAGAAAUCCCUAUCGCUCUAGGUUCACCUCGUAUCAACCCUCUGGGACUCAUCUCCUUCACGUCCAACGAUCUUGCCGACAGGGCUCCCGUACCUUUCAACAGCACUGAACCCAUCGAGGACGCUAGCGCUACAGGCAUUGGCUCGGGAAGCCACCACCCCAACAGUCAGAUCAGCUUGGUAUCCGCAGACACCGGAGUCACUGAGAUGAGCAAUUGGAAGGAAGAGGUAGAGGGCUAUUUCGAGCGGGCUGUACAGCGUCUCGAGAACUUGGCGCACGAUGAGCAUCAGCAGGACCCCAGCAGACCUAUGGAGUACUACUACGAGGCGCAUCUGAAGCGAUUGUUGGGUAUUGGCAGUCGAAGGAUCCCAGUGUCCGUCAACUUGGUGAUUGAUUCUCAACAACAGUAG